AUGGCUGACGACUCUUAUGAUGCUUCUUUGGAUCUCUUGCGACGAUUGAAUCCGCGUAGCAUUGCACGCAACCUUAACACUCUGUGCCAAGUAGCCCCGUCGCUUGCCGAGGAUCUUCUUUCAUCGGUCGACCAGCCCCUUGGCGUGAAGACCUGUGCCGAGACCAAAAGGCAGUUCCUGACAUGCGAUUACAACCGUGAUGGUGACAGCUACCGGUCACCAUGGAGUGGAGAGUACCAGCCAGCACUAGCAGACGGCGCUGUUCCUGGACCAGAGCUGCGCACACUUGAGGUUGCAUUCAAUGACGCGUUUGAUAUUUACCGUGAUUUGUACUACGAGGGCGGUGUUUCUAGUGCAUAUCUAUGGGAACUCGAUGGUGGGUUUGCCGGUGUUGCACUAUUUAAAAAAUCAGCUGCGGAGCGCAAGAUUGGCGAGACUGGAGUGUGGGAUAGCAUCCACGUGUUUGAGGUCGAAAAAGUCAGCAGAAAGGCAGCAAAUUACAAGCUCACAUCUACUGUCAUUUUGGACAUUGGUGGAAAGAACAAGAUUCUGGGCAGCUUGGACUUGGGUGGAAAUCUGACGCGUCAGGCUGAACAAACUCUGCCCGUGGUAGAUGAGUCUGGGUCCUCGCACAUUACAAACAUUGGCACCAUGGUUGAAGAGAUGGAAUCUAAGUUAAGGAACGUGCUUAACGAGGUUUAUUUCGGCAAGACCCGAGAUAUUGUUGGUGACUUGAGAAGCAUUGCGUCGGCAACAGAAACAUCGUACGAAAAAAAUCUGCAGAGCCAGGUGGCUAAGGGUCUGGGUGCGUAA